AUGGUCGACGCAUCAGAAGAGUCCAUCAGUCGUAUAGGAACAGUAUUAGCUAACACAAAGUUACCAAUGAAAGAACGCUUUAGAGCGCUAUUUACGCUUAAAAACUUAGGCGGAAAUUUAGCCAUUGAAAAUAUAGCUAAGUGUUUCAAUGAUGAUUCAUGUUUGCUAAAACAUGAACUGGCAUACUGCUUAGGACAAAUGAGAGAUGAAUAUGCUAUUCCUUGCUUAAUCGAAGUACUUAAAGAUGUCAAACAAGAGCCUAUGGUUCGACACGAAGCAGCUGAAGCACUGGGAGCUAUUGGUAAAGAAAAUGUUAUACCGAUUUUGGAAGAAUAUAAAAAUGACCCCGUGGUAGAACUAGCUGAGACCUGUCAAUUGGCUUUAGGACGACUUUUACUACCCAAAAAUGAAGCAAACAUCGAAAAUAUUUAUGGAUCUGUAGAUCCAGCACCUCCUUCUAAGAUAAAAAGCAUAGAAGAACUUGAACAAAUUCUUACAGAUGAAAAUGAAAGCCUCUUUAAUAGAUAUAAAGCAAUGUUUUCACUACGAGACAUUGCGUCACCUGAAAGUAUCACUAUUCUUUCUAAAGCGUUAUCAUGUGGAAGUGCAUUGUUUAAACAUGAAAUAGCAUUUGUUUUGGGACAAUUACAAUCACCACUUAGUGUACCAUAUCUAAAAGAAUCAUUAAUAGAUGAAAAUCAAAAUGAUAUGGUCCGACAUGAAUGUGCAGAAGCAUUAGGUGCAAUUGCAACAGAUGACUGCUAUGAUAUAUUAAAACAGUAUAUAAAUGAUCAGAAGGUAGUCGUCAAAGAAAGUUGUGAAGUUGCAUUAGAUAUGUGUGAAUAUGAAAACUGCCCUGAUUUUCAAUAUGCAGAUACGCUUGAAAAAGUUACUCUAUAA